GAGGGUUGGCCUCACCUCACGUCUUACAGUACCACCAUUUCAGCCGCGCACCCCAUUCCUCCGCCACUCCCGCCGUGCCAGCCGCCACAUCGCCGUCACACGCGCCCGAGCCCUCCGCUCCCCUUGCCUCCGCGAUGGACGCGCCCCCCUCCCCCUCCAACGCCUCCGUCCCGCACUUCCUCUUCGUCUCCCCCUCCGCCUCCUACCGCAACCAACCCCGCGCGCCACCCUCCCCGCCCUCUCCCUCCGCCACCGCCUCCUUCCCGCGCUUCUCCCCCUCCCGCUUCUCUCCCUCCCGCCUGAUCGACGCGUUUCCGCUCCCCACUCGCCCCGCAUCGGGGGAUUGUUCGGCGGAAGAGGAGGAGGGCGGCGGGGACGAUUACGGGGACGAGGGCGGGAACUAUGGCGGAGAUGGCGCUGGGGGGGGUGGCGGGGACGAUGGCGGAAACGAUGGGGGCGCGGAAGAGGAUGAGGAUGCGGAAGCGGGGGAGGAUGGGGGAGAGGAUGCGUGGCGGAGAGAGGAGCAAAAUGAGGACUACAGGGAUCACGAUGAACAUAAUAGGGCUGAUUCGCCCCCGUUACAGUCACACCGCGCUGCCACUAGCUCCCAUGGCUUUAGCACGCCAUCCCCACAGCGCGCACGCAGCAGCAAAUCGCCACGCGACACGUCGGCAGAAUCAGAGGAUUCUGACGAGUAUAACCAGCCCAGCCGCCGCGGCGAUGAUUCCGAACCAGAAGCAGAGGCUCCGCAUGCAACAGGGCUAGGUUUGGGGGAGGGGGAGGAAUGGGUGGGCUUGUCGGGGCAUGGCGGAGGCCGUGUUGGGGAAGGCGGCAGCAAGGGGGGCGGCAGCGGGGGGUUGCAGGUGCCGGUGGAGGCGGCGCUGGAGAGCCGGUCGCUGGCCAACCAGGUGCUGCGGGGCGACGAGGAGGGCCGCCUGCGAUGCAAGCUUGUGGCGCAACAGUGGCCACAGGACGUGGAUGUCUUUCAGAAGAUUGACGAGUACUACUAUAAGGGCACACUGCUGGAAUCGGACGCCAGAGCUCUCACCUCGCCUUCUGCCUUCCAGGCCAUGUGUCGCUUUCUCGCCACCUCUGCCCGCCUGCUGCCUGCAGACCCAACGCCCGUGCGAGCAGGGCGCAAAGGGCCCAGUCAGGGUCAGGGGGAGGGGGGCAGCAGGGGAGGCAAGGGGGGACGGGGGGGAGGCAGGGGAAAGGGGUUGGGAAAAAGAGGAAAGCAGUUGGGGGAUGGGGAGAGGUCAGAGGGGGGGCAGGUGGUUGGAGGAGCGGUGGAAGCGGUGCUGCGGCUGAGCGCCCUGCUCUCGCACUCGCAGCCUGCUGCCGCUGCUGCUGCUGCUGACGCCAGAGCUGCUGCUGUGGCUGCAAGGGCGGGGUCCGGUGCUGCUUGCAGCACUGCUGCUGCUGGUGCUGCUGGUGUUGCUGUGGCUGACAGUGGUAGCCGACCUGCUGGCCAGGCAGCAGCAGGUGCAGCAGAGGAGAGCAGCGCAAGGGCCAGCAGCGACCCUUGGGGUCUAUCUACCUUCCUGGCAGGAGGACAUGACAGGCUGGCAGCUGACGUGAACGUUGGGGGAGAUGCAGCCAAUGAGGGGCCGCCUGCUGAGAGGGUGGGGGGAAGGAAGCGAAGAGCUGCUGAUGCGUUUGGAGGGAGUUGGGGGCAGCGGGCGAGGGAGCAGGCAGGGCAGACCGAGGGGAUGGAUGCGAGAUGGAGAAGUGAAGACGGUGGAAGAGCAGUAGAGGAGAGGGAGAGGGUGAGGGAGGAGGAAGAGGAGAGGAGGAGGGAGGAGCGGGAGGUGGUGUGUGACGAGGCGGCCACAGUGGCGUGGAACAUGAUUGGCCGGGCGCUGCAUGCCAGUGCGAGGCACAGGGGAGUCAAACUGCCGGGCCGAAUCCAAUCGGCACUAGUGGAGAUCACUCUGCCGCCAAGUCUGGACAAUUCAGAUCGUAGGAUGGACGGGGAGAGAGAAGCGUACCACAGAGUGUGCAGCAGCUCAUUGUAGGCACCACGAUGUAGCAUGUUUUACCACGAUGUAGCAUGUUGCACCACGAUGUACCGUAAACGCCCGGAUAGGAGACCCCCAUGGAAUACAAGACACUAUGUCUUGUUUUAGGCGUCUAUCUUGUAUUCGGCCUCUCCGUUUAUAAGACACUUUUUAACUCAGUAUGAGACCCCAAGUGACGU